UGGGGAGGAGGGAAGAGCCGGGCGCCGGGCUGGGACCCGGCCAUUCCUGCUCGCCCGGCCCAGUGGGUGCCCGGUCCCUGGGGAGCCGCGCGGGUCCCUCGGGGUCCCCUCGGGAGGCAGCGCCCGCUCCACGCCGAUGAGGACGGACCCGCCGGGACCUCCCCACCGCCGCCCUUAGACCCGUCUGCCUGCGCCUCCGCCCCGCGCCGCUCGGCAAUGCUCACAGCGGUCUGCGGCUCACUGGGGACUCAGCCCUCGGAUGCGCCCCGCUCCUCCCCGAGCCACCUGGACCUGCAGCCGCUGCAGCCCUUCCAGCCCCACGGCACCGGCACCGGCACCGCCGCGGCGGCCGCCGCCGAAUUCACCACCCCGCUGAACCCACCGCCCCCCCCGGAGCUGCCGCUGGUGGGUCCGGACGACGUCGCCUUCGCCAAUCCCGGUACCUACGAGCCGCAUGGCCCCCCGCGGUUAGAGCUGCCCAGCGACGGCCCCUCGGCCCCCGGUGCUUACACCAAGCUGCUACCGGCCGCUCCUCCGGACAUGGCGCAUCCCUACGAGCCCUGGUUUCGGCCCCCCCAUCCCGGUGCCCCCGGUGAAGAAGGAGGCGUCAACUGGUGGGACCUCCACGCCGGAGCAAGCUGGAUGGAGCUGCCCCCCGGGCAAGGCGGGGGGCUGCAGGUGCCCGGGCACCCCGGGUUGCCACCGGCCCUCGGGGGGUACGGGGGUGGGGAGCACCAGCUCUGCGCUCCCCCUGCCCAUCUGCUGCCCCCCCCAGCCCAGCAUCUCUUGGGAGCGGAGGGGGCGAAGGCGCUGGAGGGUCCCCCCGAGCCCCGCGGGCCGGAGGUGGAAGGCGGUGGGAGGCCCAAGGGUGCCCGUCGUGCGGUGCCUCGGGGCGGGGGGCAGGCUGCGUGCCGCUGCCCCAACUGCCAGGAGGCCGAAAGGGGGGGUCCGUGCCCCGAGGGCGUGAAACGGAAGCACCUACACAACUGCCACAUUCCCGGCUGCGGGAAGGCUUACGCCAAGACGUCCCACCUCAAAGCGCACUUACGGUGGCACAGCGGAGACCGACCCUUCGUCUGCAACUGGCUCUUCUGCGGCAAACGCUUCACCCGCUCCGAUGAGCUACAGCGGCACCUCCAGACCCACACCGGAGCCAAGAAGUUCGCCUGCCCCGUCUGCGGCCGGGUCUUCAUGCGCAGCGACCACCUGGGCAAGCACAUGAAGACACACGAUGGGGGCAAAGACGGGGCCGAACCCGAGGUCAAGGGCGCUGGGGACCCGUCGGCCGGCAAGGGAGGCAAGCGGGAGCCCGAGGGGGGGAACGCAGCCCCCACAAACUGAGCCACUGAGCCCCGGGGGGGACACGGAUGGAGGUGAAGCCAGGCUUUGCCACUCGGGCAGAGUGGACAUCUCGGGCCGAAGCUGUGGCCGCGGGCCUUAUGGAUGGGGAUGGGGGGGUAGGACCUCCCAAAGAACCCCAUCCCCACUGGUGUGCAAUGAGGCUGACAGCAGCCCCACUGUGCUGUGGGGCUGGGGACAAGCUAUGGGGCUGGAUAUACCCAGCACGAGGUGAAGUCUCGUUGGGGGGCUCUCAGAACGCGUCCUCAGCCCCAUGGCACAAAUGCCACCAACCGUCCCCCCGCAGGACUCGGGUGACCUGGGCUGCCCGCAGCUCUCGAAGGACGUCCCCGACUCCGGUUUUUGCCUUUUCCAGCACAAAAUUCCCUCUGGGAGCCCCUGGCUGGGAUUUCACCCCCUGAGGGAACCCCAGAGGUGGGGCUCAAGCCCCUCCUCGUGUUGCUGUAGCAUCACUCCAGUGUCCCGCUGGAAUUCAGUAGCCAAGCCUGGCUCCAGCCGCAGCCAGGGGGCUCUGGAGUGUUGGGGACCCCCUGUGCUGCUGGGGCAGGUUUAGGGGGGCUGAACUGCAGGCACCCCCAAAGGUGGGCUGGGGAGGGACCCCCGAGCACGGGGGCUCCCCGGUGAUGCCGGGGCUCAGCCCCACCGAGCAGGGGGGAUCCCAUGGGAUGCCGGGUGUCAAGGCUCAGCCCCACGGAGCUGCCCCCCGCCUGGCUCGGAGCCGGGGGGGUUACGAGGAGGGGCCCCAGGUGCGCUCUACCCCCGCACCCCCCCGGGCCCUGCCUGCCGCGAUGGGGCAAUGAAGGCUGUAAAACCGGGUGGGGAAGGCCGGAGGCCGGCUCCCACCCGCCGAAACCAGUCCAGCCUGCUGCGGCGUGGGGAUCCCAGCCCUGCACCCCGAACCGCCGCGUCUCCCACCCCCGAGCUGCCUCCCCCGGGGCGAGGGAGGAACCGGCCCAGCUGGGGGCUCCCGGCAUCCCCCCUGGGGAAGGGGGUUCGGGGGUGCUGCAUCGAGGGGUGUCCCCCCUGCACGGAGGGGAGCGUUUGUGCUGUGAAGAGGCUGCGGGGCUGUGGGACUGGGUUUUGUACUGGAAUAAACGCCGCGUGUUUUUCCAC